CCAACUUCCCAGCCAGCAAUGGCGCACCCUCGCCGCACCCACCUCUUCCUCGUCACCACCAUCCUGCUCCUCCUCUCCCGCCUGCCACGUUCCUCGCCGACGUACAUUGACGUCUCACCCUACCCUUCUCCGGCGCCGCGUCCCUUGACGCCACGGUGGUUUCCACGGGCCACCGUCGGCUCUCCCUCGUCUUCUCCGGCGUAUGAUCCACGGCCGUCGCAGCUCUAUGAUCCACGGCCGCGUUUCCCAACCCCACGUGGGCUGCCGCGGUCUUCGCUGUCCUCCGAUGUCCUCUCCCCGUCCCCUUCCCCGCUGCUGCGUUUCCUCCCACCGCCAUACGCCCUGCCGCGGAGCUCGCCUUCCUCCUACGAUGCGGCGCCGCUCUCGCCAUCGCCGCGGCUGUCGCUGUCGCCGCCGUUGUCGGUGCCGGUCAUCAACCCGUUCACGGCGAAGGCGGCCUUCAUCCGGUACUGGAACCGGAAGGUGCACGGCAGCCGCCUCCACCCGGCCUUCUUCUUCGCCAAGCUCUCCCCGCUCUCCGCGCCCGACGCCGUCGCCUUCUCCAACCUGGCGGCCGCCGGCCAGCUCGGCUCGCGCCUGCCCGCCUUCUGCACCGCCGCGUCCAUCAUCUGCCCCUCCACCUCCGGGAUCAUCUGGUCGGGAUCGGGACCGUCCAAGGCCGGGGACGCGUCCGGCUCGCCUGCCUCCAACUCCACCGCGCCCUUCAAGAACUACGCCAACGGCAACUUCAGCAGCUACGGCAACAGCGGCGGCGGCGGCGCCGACGCGUUCGCGGUCUACUCCCGAGGCCAGAUCAACCCCGUCGACUCCUUCCACCGGUACGGCAAGGGCUCGCUGGGCCGGAACGACUCCUUCGCGACGUACGAGGCCCUGGGCAACGUCGGCACCGCGAGCUUCAACUCCUACACUGCCGGCGCCACCGGAGGCACCGGCGAGUUCGCCGAGUACGACGGCGAGACGAACACGGUCGCCGUGACCUUCGCCAACUACGACGUCGCCGGGAACGGCCGCUCCCGGGACUUCUCGACGUACACGCAGGACGCCAACUCGGGGGUGGAGAGCUUCACCGGGUACGGCAGGGCCGCCAACAGCGCCGGCGAGUCCUUCAAGGCCUACGGCAACCACUCCAACUCCAUCAUGUCCGGCUUCAUCAACUACGGCGACAAGGCCAACAGCGCCACCGACACCUUCGACUCCUACGGCCUCAACGGGAACACCCCAGAAAACAGCUUCCGGAGCUACUCCUCCGGCAGCAACGGCGGCGCCGACGACUUCAAGGGGUACAGGGACAACGCCAACGUCGGCGACGACAGCUUCACGUCCUACGCCAACGACGCCAACGGCGCCACCGCCGACUUCCAGAGCUACGGCAAGUCGGUGAACCCCGGGAGCGUGGCGUUCAAGGGGUACGGGCAGGGCUCCAACCCCAACCACCGCAUCGGGUUCACGCACUACACCGGCGACAACACCACCUUCAAGGCCUACUCCAACGAGGGCGUCGAGUUCAAGGAGUACCAAAACAUGUCAAGGAUGGAGGUGUCCAAGCUAGCAGCCAACCUCUCCCUCCCCCUCUCCCUCACCGGUACUCCAAGAUGGUCGCCGGAGCCGGGGAAGUUCUUCCGCGAGCGAGACCUCAUCACCGGCAACCGGAUGCCAAUGCCGGACAUCACCGACAAGAUGCCGCCACGGGCCUUCCUGCCGAGGGACAUCGCCACCAAGAUCCCGUUCGAGGCGGGCGCCGUGUCGGCGCUAUUCGGGGCGCCGCCGGGCAACGCGAUGAGGCAGGUGGUGGCGUCCACGGUGGACGAGUGCGCGCGCCCGCCUAGCCGGGGCGAGACCAAGCGGUGCGCGACAUCGGCCGAGGACAUGCUGGACUUCGCCGUGGAGAUGCUGGGGGACAACGUGGCCGUGCGGAGCACGGAGUCUGCGGCGGGCAGCGGCGGCGACAUCAGGGUCGGCAGGGUGGCCGGUGUCGCCGGCGGGCACGCGACGCGGUCCGUGUCGUGCCACCAGAGCAUGUUCCCGUACCUGGUGUACUACUGCCACUCGGUGCCGAGCGUGCGGGUGUACGAGGCCGAGAUCCUGGCCGUUGACUCCGGCCGGAGGAUCAACCGCGGCGUGGCCAUCUGCCACCUCGAUACAUCGGAGUGGAGCCCCGGUCAUGGCGCGUUCGCCGCGCUUGGCGGGAAGCCGGGUGAGAUGGAGGUGUGCCAUUGGAUCUUCCAGGGUGACAUGGUUUGGACGGUGGCCGAUUGAGGCGCGCCGCCGGUCUGAUUUGAAUUUUUCCUCUUCAUUGACUCGUUGCAUUUUUCUUAACUGUUUGGCGACUCGGUCGUAACUUCAUAUGAAGAAUAUACAAACAUGACGAGUUCAGAUUCGAUA